UCAGUAAUCACCAGAAACACCAGAGUCCUGUCUGGAUUACAAAACACAAGUUAACGUUUUUAUAUUAUUUUACACAUACUUUUAAAUUUACAGCUGUUUAAAAUAUAUUUCAACGAAUGAUUGUUGAUAUUGAUAAAAUGAUAACGUUUUCUGACUAUAGAUUACAGAAUAGAUAAGUAUAGUAAUAUAAUAUUUAUUAUUUAAGUAUAGUGCACGGUUGUGAUUUCACUUCUCAUCUGAAAUUUUUAUACUUGUCGGAUCACUGAUAUUCAUCACUCGAAAAAAUGAACGGUUUAAGUUUAUUCAAAAAAACUGUUCCCAGGAAUGUGAACUUAUUAAAACAGAUUCGACCUCUACAUGUGUCAUCUGCACAAGCCAAGUCGGUAGCUCCACGAGAAUCGCUAAACUCCGACUAUGUAUUAGAUUUACAUUAUGAUUUCCAUUAUCGUGAUCAAAUACCAUUUACAGCUAAGGAUAAGAGGAAUAAUACUAUUGCAGACGUUUCUAUGGGAAUAGUUUUGGCAUUUGUUUUAUAUAAAUGUUACUCUGAACCUGAACAUUUGCUUGGAGAGUUUCCAUAUCCUGAUUCUUCUGAGUGGACCGAUGAAGAAUUAGGAGUACCACCAAUUGAAUAAUUAUAUAUCAUUAUUUAAUUAAUUAAAUGUAGUAUAAUACAUAUAAUCCAGAAAAAAUUGUAUUGUGAAUUAUCCAAAAAUAAAUAUUACAUUGCUUGUUA